CUACGGCCGUAAAGAAGUGCUAUCAGCUGACAUGCCUCAACUGACCCCCUCGCCCACCAAUAAGCACUUGCAUGCAUCCCAGCUUGCCUACCAGCUGCGCAAUCCAAGCUUGCCUACCAGCUACGCAAGCCCAGCUUGCCUACCAGCUACACACGCCCAGCUUGCCUACCAGCUGCGCAAGCCCAGCUUGCCUACCAGCUACACAAGCCCAGCUUGCCUCCAACCAGCUACUCAGGCCCAGCUUGCCUACCAGCUACACACUCCCAGCUUGCCUACCAGCUGCACAAGCCCAGCUUGCCUACCAGCUGCACAAGCCCAGCUUGCCUACCAGCUACACAAGCCCAGCUUGCCUCCAACCAGCUACUCAGGCCCAGCUUGCCUACCAGCUACACACGCCCAGCUUGCCUACUAGAAACAGCAGCAGCUGCAGCUAAGACAAAACAACAAGCAAAGCAAGCCCUCCAAAACAUGCCAGUGGCAAGGGAAAGAGCACACCACAUCAACUCCACCAAAGAAACGAUGGUUUGGAAUGGGUGCAUCCUUUCUAAUUCUCUGAAAUAGUUAACUUAAAACGACUAAAAAUAUAUUAAAAAUAUAAAGUUUGUAUACAGCGCUUUUUCACUCCUGAAGGCUGUUCCAAAGCUCUUCAAAUUAUUACCCUGGUCACUGGGCCUUAAAUCAUUCCUUAAACCAUCUCAGCUCCCUGGGGAGCGUA